AUGGCUUGUUGCUACAUAGCAGCAUUUUGCGUUGGCCAACUGGUCAAAACAUGCCAAUUCUUGGAUCUGGAUCAGACAAUCCAGUAUAAUGAUGAGAGAGACCCAACCAUCGCAUCGGGGAAAGCCCAGGACGACACACGGGAUGGUGGGCCAGAAAGCUACAAUGACAACACAGACCAAACAUCGGUAAUCCUGUCUAUCGACGGCAUGACUUGUUCGACAUGCGUGCAAACAGUUAAUGAGGCACUUGAGCUCUUGGACGAGGUCAAAGAGGUGCGCACAUCUCUCCAGACAAACGAGUCUGUGGUUCUCAGCACCGGGAAGCAUCUCGAUAACGCGCGACUGAUUGAUGUCGUCCGUGAGACUGGCUAUGAGGCACGCCUAGGCUCUCGGACACACAGUGAGGUAUUGGAGCUCUUGCAGCUGAAAAAGGAUCUUGCGCUGCUAAGGGCAUCCUUCUCCGGGUUGGCACGGUACGGGGCUUCUCUACAGCUCCUCGCCUCUACUGGUAGUAUUGCUGGCAGAUGGAGUUCCGAGAGCUUCGCGGCGGCGACAUGGGUGGGUGUUGUUCGUCUCUCCCAAGUCCUCAUUACCGUCAUCAGCCAGUAUUAA